AUGAACAGUGACGAAACAAACGGUGUAGGUGAAGCUUCAACCACUUCUCCACUAUCUAACGACUCCAAUAACCAAGCUUCUUCAUCUAUGCAUAACCAAAAUGAUCCAACCACUGAGUAUGGUUUUGGCCUGAGGAGGUCUGCUAGAGAGAGAGUACCAAGGAAGAGGGACAUUUAUGAGAUAGAUCCUAGCGUGUAUCUUCCUAAAAAGAAGAAACCUAAGAGUAAAGCAACUAAGAAGGUAGUAGCCAGUAAGUCUAAGGAUGCUAAAGCCAAAAAUGCUAAAGUUAAACCUCAACAAUCUGACAAGUCGAAGGUGAAGAAAAGUAGCACUCCUAAACCUCCUGUGAGAACUCCUGAAAUUCCUAUUCCUGUUGUUAAUAACAAAGAUUGGACUGCCAAUAUACCGUUAUAUAACAGCGAACUUAGAAACCAGAAUGCGAAGAUAUCCAGACUAAAAAAUGAAAACAUGAAAGCUGUUCCAUACGCGGGAGACAUAUUGAAAAUUAUGUCCUUUGUGAACAAAUUCAAUUACUUCUUUGUCAAUGAGUUACAGAGCUUAUCUUUCCAAGAUUUUGAGAUUGGCCUGGAUUUGUAUCCCGAUCCACUGAUCAAUACAGGAAAGGAAAUACAAAGAUUGUAUGCUGACUACAUACCUGUAAAGGAAGUUGUUGGUUGUCAGGAUAAGAUGAAUUUAUUACUGCUGACAAUUAUGGAUUUAUUGUUUCGUCCAGUGGAAACCGAAAGAGAGCCCCAGGUUGAAUGGUCUGAUUUAAAGUCAACGAGCAAAAAAACAUUCCAAUCUUAUAUCGAAAAGAUCAGAUUGUAUGCUCCUGAAUGGGGUUACCCAAAGGAGUGGAGAAAAAAUAUAUCUACUGAAACCUUGAUGAAGCCGGCCUCUUCUACAUUCGAGAAGGACGACAUAGGCCCAGCAGUAGACCAGAAACACAAAGAGAUUCUAACCCCAAAUAUUUAUCAGUGGCCUGCAAACGAACCUAUUGAUAUUGAUCAAGAUCCCUUACAAACCAAGGGAUUACAAAGGACAGGUAUUCUGGCUCUAGAGGCUAAGGAUAGAAUUGUAUUUUUAAGAACAUUGGUAGACUGGUGUUGUUCGUAUUCUCCUUUGCUCCAUCAUGAAAUUUACAUAUUAACGCAUUAUAAGCGUGACCCUCCUUUUGGUAUUCAGACCAAGCACGUACCCAGAUACCUUCUACAAGGUCUUGACGAGACAUUCAGUUAUUAUAAGAAACUCUGUAACUUGGUACAAUCAAGAUUAGAAAUAAGAAGCAAAAAGAAGCAUGUAAAGAAACAAAUGAAGGAAGGAAAAAAUGAUGAAAUAGUCCAUCGACUUGAAAUACUACAAAAACUGAAAACCCAAAUGAAAGGUAAAACUGAGGAUGAAAAGUUGAAGUUGAUGAUUGAGAAUUACGAGGACUGGGAAAAAGUAUUCAAAGGUGAAACUCCAGAAAACCCUCUCAGUAACCCAUAUGAGGAUAAAAUAUACAAGCUCAGAUCUGAAGAGUUUUUUAUUGGUAGGGUACCUCAUGUUGGUGAUUUCUACCUCCCAAGAAUGCAAACAUAUGAAUAUAUGUCAUCAAUGAAUACAUAUACGGAUUUAAAAACACUUGACAAUAUUUUCAACACUUUUGAAUCUAAGAAAUACAACCCAUUCACCCUUUUUGAGAAUGAUAGCCCAUUUAUGAGCUCAAACUUCAAGAUACUCUUUCAUGACAAGAUUGCUUUGAUACAAGAUGUAAUAUCAGGUGCUGACAUGACAGAAAAAAAUUACUGGUAUGAAAUGUGCUAUGAUUCAGAAACUCUGUUGAAAUUUAUAGACUUCAUCGAUCAAAAGAUCCAACAACCAUCAACAGCUGAACCUGAAAAAGAAGAAAUUCGAUCAGAGAAUGGUGAUCCAUCCUCACUAAUAAAUGGUGUCUCAACUAAAUCUGAUGUCUCCCCAACGUCUGGUCAGAACACGAAAAAGAAACAAGAAAAAUCAGAAGAGUCAUCCAAGGAUGCUAGUAAGAUUAAUCCGCUUCCUAAGAACCCACAAUUCAACUCUUCGCGUAGAAAAUUUGCCAUGUUACAAACUUAUUUAAGAAGAAUUCAGCCAAUCUUAGCAGAAUUUGAAGAAAUGAAAACAAAGUUUGGAGACAUAAAUCCGACAAAGAGACAAAGUAGGAGGUCCCAAAGAAGAGAAAUUAAUUACAAGAUCGAGAACUCAGAUGAUGAGUAUGCUAUGGAGGAUUCUGAGUAG